AUGGACCAGGUGAUGCUGGAUCUGAACGAUCCAAACCGGAGACGUCAACCGUUGGUGGACGCCUCCAGCCGAAUCAACCACGUCAAGUCACCAAGAGUUGAAACUCCCAAGGUCCAUGUUGAGAGCACCGAUCUACUGAAGACACCAGAUCGGAAGAGGAAGACCCAUGUAGGGCCAUGGCAGCUAGGAAGAACCCUGGGCAAGGGUGCCACUGGCCGCGUCCGGCUGGCCAAGCACGCUGUUACGGGUCAGACCGCCGCAAUCAAAAUCGUCUCCAAGAAGUCUGCCGCCAUGGUGCAAAGCGAGAGCAUUGCUGCGAUGGAUCGUAAUGUCAGUAACUUCUCGGGUUUCUCGAAUGCUCGUCACAUGCCUGUGGAAUCGAACGUGAGCCUGUACGAUGUUUGGGAGAACCGCGGUGAACUCUACCUUGUCCUAGAGUACGUUGAAGGAGGUGAACUUUUCGAUUAUGUCUCCAAGCAUGGACCCCUACCGGAGGAGGAGGCUGUGCGACUUUUCCGUCAGAUAAUUGCUGGCCUCGGGUAUUGCCACCGAUUCAACAUCUGCCAUCGUGAUCUGAAGCCAGAGAACAUUCUGCUCGAUGGACAGCACAAUGUCAAGCUUGCUGAUUUCGGCAUGGCUGCUCUGCAACCCCCUGGCCACUGGCUCAACACUUCUUGUGGAAGUCCCCACUACGCAGCACCUGAGAUUAUCUACGGACGAAAAUACCGCGGUGACAGAGCAGACAUGUGGAGUUGCGGUAUCAUAUUGUAUGCCCUUUUGACCGGAUACCUGCCCUUCGAUGGCGGUGAUCUUCCGAAUACAUUGCGACUGGUCAAGAAAGGCGACUACAUGAUUCCCCAAGAGUUGAGCGAUGAAUCAGCCGAUCUCAUCCAGCGAAUUCUCCAAAAGCGACCCGAAGACCGCAUCUCCAUGCAGAAUGUCUGGAUGCACCCUUAUCGUCAUGAUAUUGAUGGUGAUAUUCUGCGCAAUCUGCAGACUCUCUGGCAUGACGUCAAGCCCGAGGCUCUUGUUGAUCGAAUCAUGUGCCUUGAACCAACCCAUGAGCGGAUGUUCUACAAUGCUCUCGUUAAGUUCCGUGACGAACAGUUGGAGAACUAUCAGGGACAGCCCCUUGAAUACUCAGCCAGCGACUACCACCAUAUUUCCCGAAUUGGAGGUAAAGGACGCAAGAAUCGAAGCAAUUCGAAGCGUCGUUCGCAGAUUUCAAAGGUCAAAGACUUCCACCGUCGCAUGGGUGGCACUCAAGAGCCAAAGUCUUGCGCAAGUGUUGAAAGCUAUGAUCCAUAUCGGUCGCCGAAGAACUACGGCGCAGCUGCUGAGGCCAAGUAUGCCCACAUCACCAUCCACAAAGAAACCACUGAGAUUCCUGAAAUUGGUGAGAUCUCUUCAAUGGUCAAGCACCCUACUUCCAUCGCAGAAGAGGUAGAGCAGGAGGAGUCAGAUGAUGCAACCGAGUCGCCAUUUACCGUACUUCAGAAGCGAAAGCACAAACCAAGUUCUAUGAAAUCUUUCCACUCGUCUAAACUUGCUCACUCAAGUUCACGAGCACCUGGAAUGUCCUCUCGGUCAACAAGCUACCGUCGUAACGUCUCAUUCCACCAUGCACGCAAUCGAUCCCAAAGCUCCACUAGGCCCAAAAGGCGAAAGACAGCACAGAAGGAUCAAAAUGCCCAGACUGAUCUCAAGCAGUCACCCAGUGUAGCUAGCUUGCAGUUCAUUGCGCAUGAGAUGGAUUUCAUACCCAUUCCCAGCAGCCCACCCCUUCCUGCCCAACCGACAGUGGUCCACCGAAGUGGCCUGAAGACCAAAACUACGUGCCAAGAGAAGAGGAUCCGAGUGUUCGAUUUGGCUUGGAAGGAAGAUGCUCGCAAGGUAUCCCACGAGCUCAGCCAAAUCUGUGAAGAGGCUUUCAAUGGCAGCUCUAUCUCGACCAUCCGCAGUGCUAGCGACGAAGCCGGGUAUGAGACUCCUUUGACUCCAGUUUCUAUUGCCAGUCCAAAACAGCACGUCGCUCUUCCCACUAAGCCUUCCAUGCAAACCAUAAAGGGAGGUUCAAAGGAGACCGGACGGUCUUACAGUAUCCAAGAACUUACCGAAACGCGACGCAAACUUGUCGAACAUAGCAAAGGAAGACAUGACAACAUUCCGGCGUACUUGUUUGGAGUGAUUGGACAUCUGGAUAGGUUGAUUGAGGAAGACCAAGCACAGCAUCACAAGCGGAGUGAGUCCGGGGAGGAUGUUCCUGUCUUCAUGGACCCAUUUGAUACCUUACCUGAGGCAUUGCCUGUGAUCAAGGAGGAGUUCGCUAGCCCCGUCCGAGGUCCGGUAGCUCCAACUCCCAAGGCGAAAUCCAAGCAGCGGCCGUCAGCCGCGAGCUGUGUAAGCGAUGCUCGAGCCACGAUUCGAAUGGUUCCACAUAGCUCUGUGCGGUCUCUUCAUGAGGUGAAGCCCUUGAUGAUUCGUAAGAAGAAUCAGCUUCCCGAGUCCGACUCUGCCGAGCCCGAGUCUAUGGAUCCUAUGCGUGCUUUCUCAGUCAGUUCCCGUCAAACCCGCAACGCAUGUGAACUGGAACCGAUUGAAGAGGCUCCUGUCUCUCCUAAGCAUAGAUCGGCUGAUGGGAAGAAGUGGUCAUGGUUCAAGCAUCGGCCUCAAGUCUCCGAAUCUGCCCCAGCUCUUCCACCCAAGGAUACCAAGCAAAUAACCCCCAGCACUGGCACAGUGGUUAUUCACACCCCUCCAUCAACGCCGCCCUCGCCAACCAAGACAAAUGCCGAUCGGGUGCCAGUUCGCAAGUCUUCCAUGGAGCGAUUCGGAGGAGCAUUGAAGAAGCUCGUGUCGAAAAAGGCGAACAAAACCGCCCCCCAGGAAAUAGGUAAAUCAAAUCUCAACUGCUUUGUGAUGACGUCGCUAAGCUUCAAAAAAGACAAAGAAAAAGAGAGCUCGAAGGAUCAACAAGUUUCUCCCUUUUGCAAGGGAUUCCCCGACAAAGAAAGCUCUUUCGAAGCUGAUGAUCCUGCAAGUCCUGCCCGCAACAAGCGCCUUUCCCUCGCUAACCACAACUGGUUCGCCCGUGUAUUCCAAAUCAAACCUGCUACUAGGGUCAUUGCCCUUAAUACCUCGAAGGUCAAGGGACGGAAAGAGGUCUACCGCCUCCUUCGUGAGUGGGAAGAUUAUGGCAUGGAAGAUGUUACCAUGGACAAGAACAACAGCAUUGUCCGCGGACGUGUCGGCGAGGUCAAUUUCUUGCGUCUUCGAGAAGUUGAAUUUACCGCAGAGUUCUACACUGUUCUCGAGCAUGGCCGCCAAGCAAAUCUCAGCCUGGUCCGGUUCAAACAAGAGCGCGGUGCCGCAUCAACCUUCAACAAGGUGGUUGAUACAAUGCAAAUGAUGCUCAAGAGCCGGGAUAUGAUUGUCCAAGACCCUGUCCGAGCCAAGAAAAUGGCCCGCGUGCUGGAAUCUAUUCCAAACGCUUGA